AUGGCGGCCUCGACGGCCUCGCACCGGCCCAUCAAGGGGAUCCUGAAGAACAAGAGCUCUACGACUUCCUCUGUGGUGUCCUCGGCCGAACAGCCCGGCAAGAGUGUCGACGAAGAGCUGAGUAAAAAGUCCCAGAAGUGGGAUGAAAUGAACAUCCUAGCGACCUAUCAUCCAGCAGACAAAGACUACGGUUUAAUGAAGAUAGACGAGCCUAGCACUCCUUACCACAGUAUGGUAGCUGAUGAUGAAGAUGCAUUGAGUGAUUCAGAAACCACUGAAGCCCUGACCCCAGAUAUCUUAGCUCGGAAAUUAACUGCUGCUGCUGCUGAAAGCUUGGAACCAAAAUAUCGAGUUCGUGAACAAGAAAGCAGUGGAGAUGAGGAUAGUGAACUCUCACCUGAAGAACGAGAAAAAAGGCGACAGUUUGAAAUGAAAAGGAAGCUUCACUACAAUGAAGGACUGAAUAUUAAGUUAGCUAGACAAUUAAUCUCAAAAGACCUAAAUGAUGAGGAGGAGGAUGAAGAAAUGUCAGAGACUGCAGCUGGAGAAACCAUGAAUAUGGAAGAAUCAAGUCAAGGAUCUGCUACAAGUGACCAACUGCAAAACAAAUCACAGAGUUCAUAG